GCGCACGUACCACCUGUCCACGAGCGUUGUGCCACUGCAGUGACGGCUUCUAAUUCUGGUGAUCGAAUUACACUAUAGGAAGAUUAUCAUGGCGGCCUUCACUGGUUCCGGAGUAAAAUUAAAAUAAAUAUAAAUUGAAAUAUAUGAAUUAGUUAAGUUGUACCACUGCGCCCUUGAUCUUUUUUGUGGAAACGGCGCAUAAAUUUUCAGUAAUUCUUAUUGUUAUAAAUUAAAUGUUAACACGAACUGCUUGUCCUUAUGUGAAAUACUGUCUUCAACAAUCUGCAUACGGGCAGCAGGGCACGGACGUCAUAUUAAAAAAAAAACGACUCGUAAUGCUCUAGUAUAAGCCAUCGGCUGGUGAUCUUUGUCCUGCGUUUCGUAGUAACUAUGAGUACAGCCCAUAUUGUUGCCACGCACGUACAAUUAAUUUUGGUUGACAUUGGCAGGACAGCCUUUGUAUUCGGCACUGCGUUCCGGACAUCCACUGUGGCUCUCACAUGUACUGCUAGUUGACAAACAAUUAAACAGGCGGGACAAAAAUCACAAUUUACAGGCAUCAGAUUCUUUGCUAGCCUUUUUUUAACUGGAAAAUUGUAAAUGAACAGGCAAACCGUUAAAGUACGCGGCCAUCUCGUUUGGAGGGCGUUUAUAAUCAGAUGUAUUUAUCCGUUAUCCAUUGCUGUACAUUUCCGGCCAUCGCAAGCUGUUAUGAAUAUUAAUACUCAUGAAUAUUGAUAGCUAUCGUUCAGCCAAGGAGCAGACAUUGCAGAUGACAAUGGGAUGCUUGUUGGAGCGUGGAAGGAUUGCACAAUAGCAACUCUUUGAGGUGUGCCUUCUUGUAGUUCUCCAUGAUGUUGACCUGCUAGCGCGUGUAAACGUAUUCGAGCUUUGCAAGGUUAAAGCAUCCACGUUUCCAUUCUCCAUGCAUCAACAGUGGUGGAUAUUGAGUUGUUGCGGUGCCCUUGCAUCUCAUUCGCUAUGGCAUUUCUCCAUCGCAAAGCCACUCGAGCCUUAUCCAUCUUACUCGUUUGUACUGCAUUAAUCGGUUGGUACGUACAACUGCACCACAAGGGAAAAGAGAAUCAACAUGCGAAGCACUCCAAAGACGAAACUCCUGUAAUCAGUGAGGACACCCGUCCCUCGGACGUCACAAAAUCCAGCAGAAGCAACAGUGCAGAAUCUGCCAAAACCGACAAGGAGCCCGUCAAAAAAAUCGAUACCGAAACUAAGAUCGGCCAAACAGCCAAAAGGAGUGCAACUGAAAAACACUUGAUAGACUUGGACAACAUGGACCCUGAGGAACUGUUCAACCGAACGGCGAUCGUGACGGCGAUAUCACAGAAUCACCUGCGAGAAUCCAAGGGCAUGAUUGGCAGCGUACAAGAAAUAUUGCCUCACAGGAAGAUCAUUUUGUACGACUUAGGAUUGACACCACGAGGUGUUGAGGAGGUGAAGCGACUGUGCAACGUAGAGCUUCGAAAGUUCAACUUUUCAAAAUACCCUCCUCAUGUGUCUAAUCUUUUCAAAUAUGCCUGGAAACCCCUCAUAAUCAGGGACAUGCUGGAAGAGUUUGGCGUUGUGUUUUGGGGCGAUGCCGCUGCGCGUCUUCAAAAACACCCUGGGGUUCUCUUUCCAGUACUCAAGGAGCAGAAGGGGUUCAUGGCGAUCGUGGAACAAUACGGAAGCUCCAAGAUGCUGGCCCGCACCCACCCCAAGAUGUUUGGAGAACUUCAGAUCGACAUGAACAAAUUCGUCAAAGACGACGGCUACGCCUUGUGCAUGGAAGGGAACCGACUGCUGUUCGCCAACACGGCCCUCAUACAGACCAAGAUCAUAGAGCCGUGGGUAGAGUGCGCACUUAGGGAACACUGUAUUGCCCCAGAGGGCGGUGUCCGUGGGAUCAACGUGAAAGGGCCAGUAAAACACACGCAUCGGUUCGAUCAGGCUGCACUGGCCCUCGUUACAUACAGGAACUUGAGAGGUCUGUUGCACAGGGGAAAUGACCAAUCAAAACUUUUCUCUCAAGUGGCUGGACUGUCGCGAUCAACAAAAGGGGCUGAAAAAGCCAAGUACUGUAAAGCCUGACAUUUUCAAAAGGAUAAUCACUCUAGAUUCAACUGAAGCCAUUCUCUAUUUUCGGGUCACGUCUUUUGCGUUUGAAGGGCUCCUUCAAACCCCUUGCACAUGCACAAUAACACGCCAGUUGAUGUUUGUAAAGCUGCUAUACUUGGUCUUUCAAAUGUGAUCAACAUUUGCUAAAAUGUUUACAAAAUCAUUGCUCAUGAUAGAGCUUGGCCAUAUAGUUCUGAACAGAAUGAGGCUUAAUUAAGGCCUAAAUGUUUACUAUUCCUAAAAAGAAUGAGGAGUCAACGAACUAUUUCUUUUUUGUAUAUACAUGCACACAUAGAUGGAAAGAACCUUUUUAGUUUUAAAAUUUGAUAUAAUUAUCCGUUCUUACUACAUAAAGGGCGAAAGAAAAUAUCAAUGUACCUUUGUAAACAUGAAAAAUCGAAUUUAAGUUUGGAGCUUGCUUUGAAAUAAUCGUCUGUAUACACCAAGGAAAAAAAAACGUUACGAGAAGGACGAUGUUUCUGCAGUAUAACCCAAGUGUACAUAAUUCAUACAAUGAUUAUGAGUGGUUGGGCUUUCUAUAUAUUUUGAAUUAAAAUACGUGUUUUUACAGCAUUUGUUGACUUCCUCCAUUUU